AUGGAGAACGAGGGUGACAGCAUUGAGGCUGUGCCUGUGGAAAUGCCACCCAAGUUUCCAUUGACCUUUUCAGAAGCAGCAACCGCUUCCGCUAUGGUUUUGGGCUUUGUUUUCGGCCUCUUCGCUGUUUACCUAACCAUUCCCCAUUCCGAUUACAGCUUCCUCAGGCUCCCUCGCACCCUUCAAGACCUUCAACUCCUACGGGAUCACCUUGAGAGAUAUACAAGUGAUUACACUGCACAGGUCCUAGUGGGAUACUGCGUGGUGUAUAUUUUCAUGCAGACUUUCAUGAUUCCGGGAACUGUGUUCAUGUCAUUGCUUGCUGGAGCACUUUUUGGGGUCUUCAAAGGUGUGGCUCUUGUCGUGUUUAAUGCUACAGCUGGAGCUUCUUCGUGUUACUUUCUGUCAAAACUAAUUGGAAGACCUCUUGUUUGCACUCUUUGGCCAGACAAGCUUAAAUUCUUUCAAGACCAGGUGGCUAGAAGAAGAAACAGUCUGUUGAACUACAUGCUUUUUCUGAGACUUACUCCGACCUUGCCAAACACAUUUAUUAAUGUUGCUUCUCCAAUUGUUGAUGUGCCAUAUCAUACUUUCUUCCUCGGAACUGUAAUUGGACUCAUUCCUGCUGCUUAUGUCACUGUCAGGAUAUGUGAAAGUAUCACCGCUGGAUUAGCUCUUGGAGAGUUGCAAUCCUUGGGGGAUCUUUAUGAUUUCAACUCAAUAGCUACAUUGUUCCUUAUAGGUCUUGUUUCAGUUACACCUACAUUCGUGAGGAAGAACAAAUUAUAA